AUGGUGUGUCCUCCAGAUACAGAUGAGGCUGGCCAGGAGGAUUGGGACACAAAGGACAGUGCCGCUCAGGCGAUGCUUUUAAAUGCGAUCGACAAUGGGAUCCUCGUGAAGGUUGCGAACCUGAAAGGCUCAGUAUGGCAACGCUUCUCCUCCAAGAUAGCAUUGACGAUGGUGGAGAGAGUGGUGGUCUUGUUGAUCUUGAUGCCGGCGACAAACUGGUUCCAAGAAUCCGGGUCACCAGGCUCAGAUGGACGUAACAUGGGCGGCAGGGUCGCCAUCCACGGGCAUGGGCCAGACGAGUCGGCGGAACCACAAGGACUGUUGGUCUCCUGGAGGGGGAAGGAGGAGCAGGGGUCGAAGAAGAAGCAUCGAGGGAAGAAGAGGGGCAAGGAGAAAGCCCAUGUUGCUGAAGAUGGAGAGGAAAGUGAUUCCGACGAUAUCUCAUCUUGUCGUUGA